AUUUAAACAUGGAGCUUAGAAAUUGACAGCAAAGUAAUUGGAAGAAGAUGAUUUUCAGGUUCAGUGUCUCUGCAGUCUGCGCUGACUCAAGCACCAGAGAAUGUAAGUCAGACAUCUACAUAUACAUACAUACACACAGAGACGGACAAAGCGUGAGGUACAGGACUUGCGCCAAAGCGUCUUCCUUUCUUUACAGCCAAAACGCCUGCAAGAGAGAGAGAUUGAUAGAGCCCUUGUAAGAAAAAAGAACAUUUUCUCUCCGUAGAUUUGAAGUUGAGUCCAAGGAACUCCAACAACUCAUACCAUUGUAUUUACUAAAUUUAAACCCAUCCCUUUUGUCCAUUUUCCCAGUCCAUCUCUCUCUCCUCUGCUUUCUCAUUCUCUCUCACGUUUUCAGCUCACCUUUCCUGGCCUUAUUCACCUUCCUCUCGCGCCCCUCCAAGAAUCUCACAUUUUUUCAGCGACCCAUUAGCUAGACCAGACAAAUAUUCACAUUUAUUCGACCACCGAACUUUGGCUUCUUCCAAGAAUUCCAUUCAUUUGAUAUUACUUGGGUUUCUUUUGAUUUGCUCACUAUUUGCCCAUUUCGAAGUAAUUCUUUGCGGUGGAGAUGGAUUCCAGGAAAAGUUGCUUGCUUGCGGUUUUGCUUUUGCUUCAGCUGAUCUGCGAUGUGGAUGGCAAUGUGAUGUUUCAAGUUCAUCACAAAUAUGGUGGCCUUGGAAAGGGAAAGGCGACGUUGAAAGCUCUGAGGGCACACGACUCGCGUCGCCAUGGCAGAAUGCUCGCCGCCAUUGAUUUUCAGUUAGGCGGUGAUGGUUCACCCACUGACGCUGCGCUUUAUUAUACCAAAAUCACUAUUGGGACUCCUCCAGUCGACUACCAUGUCCAGGUGGAUACAGGAAGUGAUAUUUUAUGGGUGAAUUGCCACAACUGUGAGAGAUGUCCCACAAGAAGUGAUCUUGACAUAACUCUGAAGCAGUAUGACUUGACUGCCUCAUCUACUGGAAAGAUGAUCUCUUGUAAUCAAGAUUUUUGUGAUGCUGCAUUUGGCCGUCCAAAUCCAGAUUGCAAGGCUGGAAUGAAUUGCGAAUAUUCUGUUACCUAUGGAGACGGGAGCAGAACUGAGGGGUAUUUUGUCAGAGAUUACUUCAGACUUGAUCAAGUCACUGGCAACCUUCAAACAUCUGCCAUGAAUGGAUCAAUAACUUUUGGAUGCUCAGCAAAACAAUCUGGAGAAUUAGGUACCUCUUCUGAGGCAGUUGAUGGAAUAAUUGGUUUUGGACAAGCAAAUACAUCCAUACUUUCACAACUCGCUUUGUCUGGAAAGGUGAAAAAGAUCUUUUCACAUUGCUUGGACGGCAACAAGGGAGGUGGAAUUUUUGCUAUUGGGGAAGUAGUGCAGCCAAAAGUAAACAGAACACCACUUGUCCCAAAUGAGCCACACUACAACGUUAUCCUCAAGGCAAUUGAGGUAGGCGGUCAAUUUCUAAACCUUCCAACGGACUCGUUUGACACGGGAUCCAGUCGAGGGACAAUAAUUGACAGUGGUACAACCUUGGCAUAUCUUCCAUCUGAGGUGUAUCAGCAGCUUAUGAAUAAGGUGACGGGACAACAACCAAAAAUGGAAACUCACGUAGUUGAGCGGCAGUUCAAAUGCUUUUGGUACCGUGGGAAUGUUGAUGAUGCAUUUCCAGUUGUAAAUUUUCAUUUCGAGAACUCACUCCCUUUGGCUGUCUAUCCCCACGACUAUCUGUUUGAAGUCCGGGAUACAGAGUAUUGUAUAGGCUGGCAGAACAGCGGAAUGCAGACAAAGGAUGGAAGGGAAAUAACUUUGUUGGGAGAUAUAGUAUUACAAGACAAGCUUGUUUUGUAUGACCUUGAAAACCAGACCAUUGGAUGGACGCCGUACAACUGUUCUUCAACCAUCAAAGUCAGAGAUGAAGCGAGUGGAAAUGUUUAUUCUGUGGCAGCACACAACAUCUCUUCUGCUUUCAGUCUACCGAAGGUUAAUGUUGUAUUGAUGCUUUUGUUUAUAGUCGUCCUCCUCAAACUCAUAGAAUGAGUACUAUGCCAAGUGUAGCUUCAGGCAAUGCUGCUCUUGUCAUAUCAUAGUAAAUGUUUGAUGCUGAGGACGUUGGUACUGAACCUUAGACUAAUGAAAUAAAAGUUUGGUGGAAUUUUGUCUCUA